ACAGACCAAAAGGUUGAAGUUACAAAAGGUUCAAGAAACAAAGAAGGAAAACUUUUGAAAUUUUACCAUUGUAUAUAAAUAAUUAUGUAGAUUAAGUCAUAACUUCAUUUACAUGAUGUAUAAUGCAAACCCUUUUUAUGUAGAAAAGUAUAACUUAAUAGAAAUAACUAGUGAGGUGUCAUAUUGAAGACAGUGUCAAUGUUCAUAAACGACUUAUAUUUCUGUCCAGAGGGAGUAUAUGUUUUAAUAUAUCCAGUCAUAAAGUCUUCUUUUGGACAUAACUACAGCCAAAAUUUUAAACCGACUGCUUACAUUGGUUUUAAGAGUUAGAUUGCUUAUAUUCAUUUGUAUAACUAUGUUACCAAAUAAAUUAGCAACAGAGUUCUUUUGAGUGUUGCUGUCUAAUAUAUGACCUGUGUUUGUACCCUGAGUGAGCAUGAAUGCAUGAUCCUUUGUCAUGUUGGGCAUCUUAUUAGUUCUCUUGUUAAUCAGGCAAGCUUGCUCACAUAGUUUUGUGAGGUCCUUUUCUUUUCAUCUUAUAGCCAAUCACAUUGCUCCAAAUAAAUGUCAAGAGGUAAUUGUAGUGAUUAUUUCGUAUUUUCAUUUGUUUGAAAAAGGCAUUUAUUUCACCUUAUAAUGAACUAAAGCAAGGAAACCCACGUAUCUUGAUGAAAGGGCAAGGUUAUCUUUGCUUCUCUAGGCUCGUUAUGGUCAACCAUCAUCGGUUCCCCUCAUAGAGAAAUCUAGUUUCUUGUUUUUCUCAACUCUCACAAGGCUCUUUCAACUGCUUGCUGCGAGAUAUUAUUAUAUUAAUGAGUGCAAUCAGUUCCGUUAUGCUGAUGACUCAGCCGUUUAUCUCAACUUGGUAGGUUGUUAAUCCGGGAAUGCUGGACCGGAGGCAGACAUGCCUCCCAGCAUAUCAGUAAGCUGGCUAAUCGAUUAAGAAAUCCAUGUUGGCUUGUUGGGAUUUUACAUUCGCAUACUUCUGUUGGAUCGCGGAUCAAAUCAUUACCUAUUGAGGAUAGUUCCUUGGACUUCGGCACAACCUACAUUUGUGUGCCAUAUAAUCCAAGUUGUGGUUUACAAAAGAACAGAAUGGUGACAUCCUGUGCCGGAUCAUACCAAUCCCUACCUGUUUCUUCAUGCGCACCCUAACACAAGUACACAGCCUCCAAUGCCUUUUCUACGAUAAAAAAGAUGAGGCCUCCGUACUGAUGAUCUUUGAACGAAUGACCGUGGAAUAUAUAUAUACUGAAUAUUCCCACACUGCGUCUCCAACGCUACCAAUCUUCAGACUUCAGAGUCGAGAUUCCAAUUGCAUCACCCCGACUGGUACCUGGUUAAGGCCUAAACCUUUUGCUACAGCUACGGUUGCAAUGUCUUUCAGUACAUCACUGCAGCAGCAGCUUCUAGCCGCAGCAAACUUGUAGCGCCAAAUUUUUUGAAGAAGAAAUAGGUCAGCGUUAGAGCUGCCAAGUUUGACCCGGAACCGGUUGUGGUUCCCCCACACUUCGUCCCCACCACACGUCGUCGAUUCGAGCGCGCAUCACGUCUCACGAGCCUCGCCUCCGAGCUGGCCCAAAACAUUAUCAAACUCAACCUGCACUAGAUUAGCCCAAAUUCGCCAUCUCAGCUUGGAACCCAUGGCUAUUAAACACCCCUCUCCAUUUAUCAGCCACUUAGCGCACCGUUGUUCACGUACUCCUUGGAAGCUCUCGCUCGAACACCACUAGCCAAAUGCACGUCGCGUCCACCGGAAUGGCGUCGCCACCGGAGCCCGGGCCGUACAUGCCCGACCUCCCGGCGGUGCCGGCGUGGCUGAACAAGGGCGACAACGCGUGGCAGCUGGUGGCGGCCACGUUCGUGGGGCUCCAGUCCAUGCCGGGGCUGGUGGUGCUCUACGGCAGCAUCGUCAAGAAGAAGUGGGCCGUCAACUCCGCCUUCAUGGCGCUGUACGCGUACGCGUCCACGCUCAUCGUCUGGGUGCUCGUCGGCUUCCGCAUGGCGUUCGGCGAGCGCAUGCUCCCGUUCUGGGCCAAGGCCGGGCCAGCGCUGACGCAGGACUUCCUGGUGCGCCGCGCCGUCUUCCCGGCCACGGCGCACUACGGCCGCGGCGGCGCGCUGGAGACGCCGCGCACCGAGCCCUACUACGCGCAGGCGUCGCUGGUGCUGUUCGAGUUCGAGUUCGCCGCCAUCACGCUGGUGCUGCUCGCCGGGUCGCUCCUCGGGCGCAUGAACAUCAGAGCGUGGAUGGCGUUCACGCCGCUGUGGCUGCUCUUCUCCUACACAGUCGGCGCGUUCAGCCUCUGGGGCGGCGGCUUCCUCUACCAGUGGGGCGUCAUCGACUACUCCGGCGGAUACGUCAUCCACCUCUCCUCCGGCAUUGCAGGCUUCACAGCCGCCUACUGGGUGGGCCCGAGACUGAAGAGCGACAGGGAGAGGUUCUCGCCGAACAAUAUCCUUCUCAUGAUCGCCGGCGGCGGGCUGCUCUGGCUCGGCUGGGCCGGCUUCAACGGUGGCGCGCCGUACGCCCCCAACAUAACCGCGUCUGUCGCCGUGCUCAACACCAACGUUAGCGCCGCGACGAGCCUCCUGACCUGGACCUGCCUCGACGUCAUCUUCUUCGGCAAGCCCUCGGUGAUCGGCGCGGUGCAGGGCAUGAUGACCGGGCUUGUCUGCAUCACGCCCGGCGCAGGGCUGGUGCACACGUGGUCGGCGAUGCUAAUGGGCGCGUUCGCGGGCAGCGUCCCGUGGUUCACGAUGAUGAUCCUGCACAAGAAAUCCUCCCUGCUCAUGAAGGUCGACGACACCCUGGCCGUGUUCCACACCCACGCCGUCGCGGGCGUGCUCGGGGGCGUCCUCACGGGCCUCCUCGCCACCCCGGAGCUCUGCGCCCUCGACUCCCCCGUCCCGGGCGCGCGGGGCGUCUUCUACGGCGGCGGCAUCGCGCAGAUGGGCAAGCAGCUCGGUGGCGCGCUCUUCGUCACCGUCUGGAACCUGGUGGUCACCAGCGCCAUCCUCCUGUGCAUCGGCCUCUUCAUCCCGCUCCGCAUGCCCGACGACCAGCUCAUGAUCGGCGACGACGCGGCGCACGGCGAGGAGGCCUACGCGCUCUGGGGCGACGGCGAGAAGUUCGACGUGACGCGCCCGGACGCGACGAGGACCGGCGGUGCCUCCGGCGCCGCUGUGACGGAGGACACGGUGGAGCAGCGACUGACCAGCAUGGGUGCCAGAGGUGUCACCAUCCAGCUGUAGCUCCUCUCCGUGGCUUGACUGGCCAGUGGGCCUGGGCUCUCUGAUCUAAAUUGCUACUGUACUCAGUACUCAGUAACUAAUAAUUCAUUGAUAGAUCCUUCAAAUUUCAAAAAAAAAAA